GACGAGUUGCCGCCCAUGGCGAUCGAAGCGGCACGCCUCUCCCCGUCCCUCGCCGCCGCCGCCUUCGCCCGCCGCCCGGCUCCCGCUCUCUUCCCCUUCUCCCUCCGCCGCCGCCUCCCCCUCCUCCGCGUCCUCGCCAGCUCGUCAGGCGGGGACGGCCGCGUCGUCGCCCUCUCCUCGUCGGAGCUCCGCAAGCGCCGGGGCCUCUCCUCUUCCUCCGGGGCCGCGGACCCAGCCUCUGGCGGGGAUGAGAAGCUCCGCUCGCUCCGUCGACUCUUCGCGCGCCCCGACGUUGCCAUCGACGCCUACAUCGUCCCCUCACAGGACGCCCACCAGAGCGAAUUCAUUGCAGAAUGCUUCAUGAGGCGUGCAUACCUGACUGGCUUCACUGGCAGUGCUGGUACAGCUGUGGUCACAAAAGAUAAGGCUGCUCUCUGGACUGAUGGCAGAUAUUUUCUUCAGGCUGAGAAGGAAUUGAGCCAUGAAUGGACACUUAUGCGCAGUGGAAAUCAUGGUGUUCCAACUACUAGUGAGUGGUUGAAUGAUGUUUUACCGUCUGGUUGCCGAGUUGGUAUUGACCCGUUUCUUUUCUCAUUUGAUGCUGCUGAAGAAUUAAAGGAUUCAAUCUCAAAUAAGAAUCAUGAGUUGGUUUUGGUUCAAGGCAUGAACCUAAUUGAUGAGAUAUGGGGAGAUGCAAGGCCAAAGCCCCCAAAAGAACCAACUAGGGUGCACAACAUCAAAUAUGCUGGUAUUGAUGUGCCAUCAAAAUUGUCGUUCAUUAGAUCACACCUUGCUGAAAAUGGGUGUGAUGCUGUGGUAAUUUCAAUGCUCGAUGAAGUUGCUUGGUUGUUGAACAUGCGAGGAAGUGAUGUCCCUCAUUCACCAGUAUUUUAUAGCUAUCUUAUUGUGGAAGUUAGCACUGCUACAUUAUUUGUGGAUAGCAACAAAGUUUGUGAAGAUGUUUUGGUGCACCUUGAGAAAGCUGGAGUAAAACUUAAGCCAUAUGAAGCAAUUGUGUCUGAAGUGGAAAGACUGGCAGAGAAAGGUGCAAAGCUCUGGUUGGAUUCUUCAAGUAUGAAUGCAGCCAUAGUUACUGCUUUUAUAUCAAGUUGCGAUAGACAUAUGAAAAAGAAAGGAAAAUCAGGGAAAAAGGUUGGAGAGAAAGAAGCAUCUUCAGACAAGCCAACAACUAGAGGCCCUGUUGUUGAGAAUGGAGCAUUAAAUGUUGUAUACAAUGUUUCACCGGUAACACUUGCCAAGUCAGUUAAAAAUGAGGCAGAGAUUGAGGGAAUGAAGAAUUCACACCUAAGAGAUGCUGCUGCUUUAGCAGAAUUCUGGUGCUGGCUAGAGGAGGAAGUUGGUAAAAGUGUGCCUCUUACAGAGGUAGAAGUUGCUGAAAAGCUUCUUGAAUUUCGUCAAAAGCAAGAUGGAUUUAUAGAGACAAGCUUCGACACCAUAAGUGGUUAUGGUGCAAAUGGUGCUAUAAUACACUACAGACCAACCCCUGAGGACUGCAGCUCUGUUGGAACUGACAAUCUAUUUUUAUUGGAUAGUGGGGCUCAAUACAUUGAUGGAACUACUGACAUAACAAGGACAGUACAUUUUGGUGAGCCUUCUCCAUGGCAAAAGGAGUGUUUCACUAGAGUUUUGCAGGGCCAUAUAGCUAUUGAUCAGGCGGUGUUUCCUGAGAGAACUCCAGGCUUUGUGCUAGAUGUUCUGGCACGCUCAUCUCUAUGGAAGAUUGGACUGGAUUAUAGGCAUGGCACAGGCCAUGGAGUUGGAGCUGCACUAAAUGUACAUGAGGGCCCUCAGAGCAUAAGCUAUCGAUAUGGAAAUUUGACAGCCUUACAGAAGGGCAUGGUUGUCAGCAAUGAACCUGGCUAUUACGAAGAUAAUUCAUUUGGCAUUCGUAUUGAGAAUUUACUUCUGAUAAAGGAGCUUAAUCUGGCAAAUUCGUUUGGUGGAAUUUCAUACCUUGGUUUUGAGAAACUAACCUUUGUUCCAAUUCAGAGCAAGCUUAUUGACAUGUCCUUGCUUUCACCUGCGGAGAUCAACUGGGUCAAUGCUUACCAUGAAGAAGUCUGGGAAAAGGUUUCCCCUCUGCUGAGUGGCGAUUCUCGUGACUGGCUAUGGAAGAACACUAGACCUCUUUUAGAAAUGUAACUCAUCGAUGCUCAUGGGAUAGCAGGGAGACACACAGCACAACGGGACAGGAGCAGCAACAGAAAGUGAGAAGUCAAUAGAAAUUGCUGGCAGCAACAUCCUUUGCCCAUUUGGUUCCCCUUUAUGAAAUGCAUCUACAGUAGACUACAUGGCAGUAAACAGAGGCAAUAGAUGCCUAGAUGGCACUAGGUCAGGGUAUGGUGGGUUGAAGCUGGUUUAUUUGACAUCCAGCCAAUUUGAUGCGACAAUUAAUGAGAUGACAUGGGUCGCAUAGAUGUCCUCUUCAUUGGCUGAACAUGCCUCUAAAUGUUCACCAUAAUUUGCAAUGCUAUAUGCUAGUUUUCUGUGGUCUACACUCUGUUUC